UGAUCAUAGAGCACACAUCAAAAGCGCACGCGAUCAUCGAGCCGCCGCAUGAGCACCAAGUGGUCGCGCCCGCCGAAUAUGACGAGUUCCCCAGACGGGAAGUGGUCCCGCAAAGCAGACAUAGGAGAAGACGAAUGGCUUGGGAUCACGUGGGCGAUUCGAGUCACGAGUGUGCUGUCGGCGAUAGGGUGCGUCUUCAUCUUGUAUCGAUUCGCCGUUCGACCCAGGACCGAGCGCGACGUGACGACCGUCCUCGUGACUGCGUUGGCGGCGUUUGAACUCAUAAUUGCGAUUGCCAAGUUUCCCGCGCUAAGUUUCAUCGAGUUCAAGCGCGGCCGCGACGCACUGGGCUACUUUCUCGACUCAAGUGGACCAAUGUGCCAGAUCCAAGCGUACUUGUUGGACGUGUUCAUGCUCCAAGCGGUUCUUUGGUAUGGAUGCAUCGCGUUCAACCUGCUUCGUGUCGUCGUCUACCGAGACAGCGAGAAGAAAUUGAUGAGUCGUUUCUGGAAGAUCUUUUUCAGCACGUCCCUCUUCACGGUGCUGUGGGGGCUCUCCGCAGCUCUGCCGAUCUGGCCCGACAAGCACCAACGCCUUGACACGCUCUUCGGAUAUUCCAAGUUCUUUUGCUGGAUCCAAGAGACGCGAUACAUCGUUAUUCGGUUCAUCCCAUUUUUGGUGGCGACGUUGCUCUUCAUCGCCGCCGUCAUGAUCAAGGUUCGCCGGGUCAUCCUUGCGCGCGCGAAGCGAGCCCGCCCUGGCGCCGCCAUCUCGGACGACGCCGUCAACCAGAUCCAGCGACGGCUCAUGUUGUACGUCCUUUCAUUCUUAGUGCUGUACACGCCCAUCGCAGCAUUUCGAAUCAUCGCGGCAGUCCAAAGCAGCGGCACCAACGAUGCCAGGAAUCGAAACAAGAUUGCAGAAGGGAUCAUGCCUGAAUUCGGAAUCGUGGCUCAAGCUAUGGUGAACCUCCAAGGCUUUGUCAAUGCGAUCAUUUAUGGUGGGUUCCUCACUUUCGCGCCCACCACGCAGCGGCGACAGUCCAUGUCGUCGUCGCUUCCUCCGAGCGUGUACUUGGAAGACGCCCGGUCCCAUGCAUCUGGCUACGGCGUUGGCGGAAACGGCGGUGACUCCAUCUCGAUCUUUGCGUCGACGUUCAACAUGGCGGAAGGAGCUGUGCCACCGAACGACCAACUCUCCCAGUGGAUUCCAAAAGGCAAAGACGUCUACGUCAUUGGGGUUCAAGAAUGUCUCGACCUGCGGAGCAUGCGCAAAGCCAUGGCCGCGCACAUCCAGCGCAUCAAUGGCAAGCCCUUUAUCGAGUACGGCCGUGAAAUUGGACGAACAGAAAAGGUGCUCGGGUUCCAUGGAUUCAUUGCGAUCACGGUGUACGUCGCUUCUGCCGACGUCCACGCGGGCCAUUUCUACAUGCAUCUCGAGGGAUCGUCCAAGGUCAACCGUGGAGUCAACUUGAUCGGGCUGGGCCGGGCGUCCAACAAAGGCGCGGUCGGGUUUGCUUUCCGCUACCACAACCUCACGUUUGCCGUGCUCACGUGCCACUUGGCGUCCGAUUCGACGGGCAAGAGCAAAAUCAAAAAGCGCCACCAAGACGGGUCCAACAUCUUGACCAACAUGCACCUCCAGUCGAUCGACAACGAGUUCGACUGCCACCUGAUGGCGCACCACACCAUCUUCAUGGGCGACCUCAACUACCGCCUCACGGCGCUCGACGCGACGCCCGACCACAUCCUCAACUUGAUUGCGUCCGUCGUAAACAACGUCCAGUCGAACGCGUUCUCUCGAGGCGACGCGUUUUCGAGCCAUGCGGUGCUCUCAUCAGGAUCCCCGGCCCCCAUCGCCGGCGACUUUGACGAUGCAUACAUUUUGACGCAAUCCCCAUCGGCUCUUGAAGCCGCACCAAAUCUCCAACGUCUGCACCAGGCCAACCACGUCGUUGCGAUGUCCCCACACUCGUCCAGCACGUCCUCCAUCCCGAAUGUCAACGAAGUGUCAUGGCGAUCCCUCAUGGAACACGACGAGCUCAAGUUGAGCAUGGACGACGGGCAGAUCUUCCACGACUUUGACGAGGCCAUGAUUGCGUUUCCGCCAACGUAUCGCCGCGUAGUCGGCCAACACUUGGACGUCCGCGCGCCCCUGUCGCCGGCCCACCUCGCUAACAACCUGUAUACGACCGACUUGGGCGAAGGAAAGAUUCGCGUGCCGUCCUACACAGAUCGCAUCUUGUUUCACUCGUUGCCUGGCUUGCGCGUACGACGGAGCUUGUCCGUCAUGGGAGACUAACUCGUCGUGCUUGCAGGACCGCCUUGCAUGCAUCUACUACAGCAGCGCCGAGUUUAUUGGGACGUCCGAUCACAAGCCCGUGUCGUGCGCAUUCCAGGUGUAUGUGGACAAGAAGUCCCAGUCCCCGCGCCAUGCCUUGCCGGCAGACGUCGCCACGAGCUGCACCAGUGUGGACAGUUCGACAACAACCCAUGCGACGGUGUAUCUGUCCAACAUGAGUCUUCACUUGGGAUCCGCCCUGGAAAAGUUCAUUGGGUCCGAUGGCGAAGCGAGUGACGUUUGCUCGACGCCUCGAGGCGCUCCUUCCAGGCUGAACGCGUCCAGCGAUGCUUCGGGUUUGUCCACGUCGGCGACGGACACCAUGAUUUCCGGCACCUCGAUCGAUGGGCUGCAUGUCCGGAGUGUGUUUCCUCUGCCGUGCGAGGACGAGUUUGCCGAGGAGCGCAAGCUGGGGGAACUCGCCGAUCAACUCGUGUUCCAGACCAACAAGCACCGCAAGUUCAGGUCCACAACCAAGGUCACAGCGUGGUCCUUGGUGGCCGAGUACGGCCUCAAGCAGUCGGUCGUGCUCGUGCCCCGAAAGGUGCUGCACGUCGCUCUCAACUUUGUCUUGCCGUCCGGCGCGACUGCCGGACAGUGCGUCAUUAGCUUGACCGAAGCCAGCUACCGCAAUGGUCGUUACGUCGACUUUGUCGCGGCGCUCACGAUAGGAGGUCGACGGACUGGCGAGUUAGUCGGAAAAGCUCGCUUGUGUAUACAAUCGCGGUAGCCAUGGGAUUUAUGCCCCAUCCGAAGUAGAGUGUAACGUUGUAGCCGUCUGCAAAGUAUGCUUCGUGCUUGGUG